CACAUCUCCAGCCAGCCCCGGAGAAGAUGGAUAAGGCAGCGAAGCAGAGAAUACAGGAGGAUUAAAGGAGUCGGGGAAAGCAAGCCAGUCCUCUGGAGAAACUGUCGAAAUUUGAGACUGGCAAGAGAAGUCAAUUCAACCUCUCAUACCUGUGGUUUCAGGAUCACUCUGAAUCCCUGAAGAGAAGAGAUUCCUUCCUCAGGGAAGUGAAAAGAAUGAACUUUUUCAGGUAUUGCUUUUUUGCUUUCACUGUGCUCAGCGUGGUUGUGCUCGUGAUACUCUACAAUAGCCGGUUGAGCCCACCAAAAAGUUACGAGAAGCAGAACAGCUCCAGCGAAAGGUACUUGAGAAUUGCUGCCUGUAAUCACGUCUUAGAAGACAAGUCAAUCUUUUUGUGGAAAGAGACAUUGUCAUCACUUCUGGGCAGUGUCUCUUGCCAGGACUACCUGGUCCAGAAUCACUAUAUCACAAGUCCCCUGUCAGAAGAAGAGGUUUCAUUCCCUUUGGCCUAUGUCAUGGUCAUUCAUAAGGAAUUUUAUACUUUUGAAAGACUCUUCAGGGCUAUAUAUAUGCCCCAAAAUGUCUACUGUGUUCAUGUGGACAAGAAAGCCCCAGCUGAAUUUAAGGAAUCUGUGUGGCAGUUACUGAGUUGCUUCCAAAAUGCUUUUAUUGCUUCAAAGGUAGAGUCUGUGGUUUACGCAGGAAUUUCUAGACUCCAGGCUGACCUGAACUGUCUGAAAGAUCUUGUCACCUCUGAGGUUCCCUGGAAGUAUGUCAUCAACACCUGUGGGCAAGAUUUCCCCCUGAAAACCAACAGGGAAAUAGUUCAGUAUCUCAAAGGAUUUAAAGGAAAGAAUAUUACCCCAGGGGUGCUGCCUCCUGGUCACGCAAUUAAGCGGACUAAAUAUGUCUAUCGAGAACAUAUAGGCAAAAGUGGCUCUUUUGUAAAAAAUACUAAUAUUCUGAAAAGCCCACCUCCACAUCAGCUGACCAUCUACUUUGGCACUGCCUAUGUGGCCCUUACCAGAGAGUUUGCCAACUUUGUUCUUUAUGACAAAAGGGCCAUUGAUCUACUACAAUGGUCAAAAGAUACCUAUAGUCCUGAUGAACAUUUCUGGGUGACACUCAACCGGAUUCCAGGUGUUCCUGGCUCUAUGCCAAAUGCAUCCUGGACCGGUAACCUCAGAGCUGUAAAGUGGAUUGACAUGGAAGACAGACACGGAGGCUGCCACGGUCACUAUGUACAUGGCAUUUGUAUCUAUGGAAAUGGAGACUUAAAGUGGCUGGUUAAUUCACCAAGCCUGUUUGCUAACAAGUUUGAGCUUAAUACCUACCCUCUUACUGUGGAAUGCCUAGAACUGAGGCUUCGAGAAAGAACUCUCAAUCAGAGUGAAACUGCAAUACAACCCAGCUGGUAUUUUUGAUGUACAGCAAUUCAUGACCGAAGGGAAAUUAUAGCUGGGAAGAAGAGUCUUUCUUUGUGAGAGACUUUUGCCUUGGUUGUGUCAAUGGCUCAGGACCUUGUAGUGGCUUCAGAACCUGGCUACAUCAUUAUACUUAAAAUAUCCACUGGACACUGUGAAAUACGCUAAUGAGAUGGCUAGGUAGAGCGAUCCAGGCACUUUGGCCAGUCUUGCCAUUUUUCGAUGCUCACCUCUAUAUUAGCUAAGAUCAGUGAUAAAUUUAAAUUGUCAUUAGAGCUUUGCACCAGGGUGUCAUCACAUACAAAUGUUCUA